AUGUCUCGCGUUUCGUCCAGGGGUUCCGACUUGGAGAUGUGCCAUGGAGGGGCAACGACCACCCUAAAUGGAUACGAGGUCAGGAAGAGACGCACUAGUGGUUCUAGCUCCGACGAAGGAAAUCAGACAUUCGAUGGUUUUAUCAAUGAGGAUUACCGUGUGGGAGCCAUGGACUUAUGUGCUCUUCCUGUGCAGACCAUAGGAGUCUCAAGAGCUAAUUACCUGUAUUCGCGCCUUUGCUCACCUGAGAGCCCAGUUAAGAGGGCAAUCGAAUCGAUUCUCAAGUCCCACAAUAUCGUACGAAGAUGGAAUGAUUUUGAAAGGGCCAUUUGCCAGAGGGGCGAUCAUGAAGACAAUACACCCCAAAGAUGUGCUGUGCUCGUUGUCGGUUGCUACCGGCAAAUUGAAGACCGAAAAAGCACCCCAACGAUCCUCAUCCUGCUCAAUGUUGCAAGUACCAGAAAUUGGGAGAACACGUGGAAAAUCGAGAUCCAGAUUCGUACGGACUUUAAGCUACCAGAUGUCGCCGUUGAUAUUUCGAAAGACGUCAUAUAUCGUUCUGGCCACUGGGUGGGAGAUUUGGAUGAACGAUCAUGCCAGGAUCCCGUGCGGCCCAGAUCAAAUAUGGGCAUAAAUUUGGAGGAUCGUGUUGCAGGAACCUUUAGCGGUUACGUUGAACUAAAAUCGCUCAACUGGAGACAAUUUGGUCUAACCUGCUUUAACUGUGUCCUUCCAACUAGAGAGAAAUCUGCUCUAGAGCUGAAGGCCAGUGAGUAA